GUAUCAACACAGUAAGCAGAUCCAUAACAAACAUUGUGUAGAAAUGGCUCAUUGGUUCCAUAGAAAUGUUUUUAAAGCGACAGCACCAGUUAAUUUCGAUCUAAAACUAAUAGCCAUGGAUGGUGAAGCAUUAAAAAUUUGUAGUGACCUGAAGCAGUCCAGAGCACGGCUUAUUCAGUUAUUUCCAGAUGCCAACCAUGCUCCGGAGACCGUUGAUGUUGCUUUCAAUCAGUAUAUGGCUAUUUUUAUUGGUUUUUUAACUUCACCUGACAGUAAAAAUACUGGAGUAGAAAGUAAGAUGCGUUAUAGCGUGCUUUUUAAGUGGACACACACUCUGCUGGGAAAUAAACCGCAGUUGAUGAGAGACUCAUAUUUUGAGGGUGCUAACAUGAGUUACAAUGUAGCAAUUUGGUACAUGAAACACGCAGCCAUGCUUGCUGGAAAGGAUGACAUCACCAUGGAAGAAGCAAAGGAAGUGCACAAAUGCCUAAGGAAAGCUGCUGGCAUAUUCAGGUUUAUUCAGUCCCAGUAUUUGCCUCAGUUACCAGGGAAACAGCUUGAGGGUGGUGAUCUUGAUCCACGUGUCCUAUCUGCUUACUUGACACAAUGCACUGCAGAAGCACAAGAAGUGACAGUUGCAAGGGCAGUGGAACUGAAACACAAUCCAAGCUUAAUAUCAGCUUUAUCGAAUGAGACUUCCAAAAUGUUUGCUGAUGCUGCAACGGUAUUAGCUACAGUUGAGCAAGCAAAGCAGUGGGUGCUCUACCUGAAGAUUAAGGCAGCUUUCUAUGAAGCUUAUGCAUACACUUUUUGUGGAGAAAAUCUCUUGUCACAGGACAAGUGUGGAGAAGCUGUAAGGGGCUUACAGGAGGGUCAAACCAGUUAUAAAAGGGCAAUAGAACUUAGUAAGGAAUAUGCAAAAACUAAAGGCCCUGCUCCAAAAGUGCAGCCAGAAACUCAUGCAUCUUUUCGUCGGUUGUCACCACUUCUAAACCGAACCUUGGAAAAGUGUGUAAGAGAAAAUGGAUUCAUCUACCAUCAGAAGGUACCUGCUGAUCCACCUGAACUAGAACAUAAGGCAACCUAUGGGCUGGCCAACCCUGAGGAAUUCUCAAUGCCAUCACCAUGUCCUCUCUGGAACCCUGCAUCAUAUGCUGCAUUUGAUGACUCUAAAAAUGCUGCAGCCAAUGAUCCAACAACCAGCUCGAAUACAGCAGCAAAACUGGAAGGAGAACUUCCAGCAGUGAAGGAAGCUCAAGUUCACCAGUCAUCUAAGGACCCAAAGACUGAAAGUGGAUGCAGCAUACAAUAACAUAAAUAUUUCAGUGGUACUAUUGGUUCUGGGGCAAGUCAAGCUUACGAAGUGCAGCUGUUUAUAUGUCUGUGUUAUCACAGAUUGCGUAAACUAUUCCUGUUCACAUACACUCUAUAACCAAAUACAUAAAUGUAACAUUUAACUAUUUGUGGCAAUUUCUUUGCUUUUAGUUGUGCCUCUUGGGCUUGAUAUGCAGUUUUACAUGUGUAGUAUCAAUUUUAAUUAAUAUUGUAAAAGUGCUAUUACUUAAUGUUGUUUUGCUUCAUAUUAGGCAGAGUCAAUAUUCUGCUCUCAAAGCUAGAUGUCUAUAUACUGAAAAUAUAAUGUCUUAAAGACUGUAAUUAUUACAACAUUUGUUUUAUUUUCAAAGUAUUAUCUUCUACUGUAUAAUUAACUGUUUGCACAUACAUUGUUGUUCCUGAAGAGGAAAGUUUUGACAUUGAUUACUACAGUUCCUUUAACAUUAAUUUUAUUUUUUCGUAUUUUAGUGGAAGCAUUUAUUUAUUUAUUUACAAAAUAAUUGUAAGAUAAAGAUGUAGAGAAGAAAAUAUAUAUUUACAAAGAAAUUGUAUAUAAAAAUUAUAUUUUUAAAAGUUAUGUGGUACAUGCUUUAAUGCUGAUGUGAUAAUUACAUUUGUGCUUUUUGAGUGGGGUACUCUGUUUUAUGAGUUACAUGUUGCCUGAUUAUUUUAGUAGCAGAUAAAUGUGAAUAUUUUUACCAGUUAACACUUUUGUGUUACUACCUGUAGAUGACGCAAUCAUUGUACAAAAGUAUGCUUUGUAUAUGGGCAAGUGCUGUAAGAUUUUAAGCCUUCAACAUUAUUAGAAACGGAUCACUGUAUCCAAACACAAAACAUAACUUUUUAACAAAUAUUCAAUUGAUUGGACAUUGACAGGAAGGAGUAGAAUGGUGAUUGGCUACUGGAGGACUCAACUGUUGUGUUCAUUAGGUGUUAGAAAUUUCACUUCCUCUGCUUUCAUGAGGGUUACUUCUAAGUUAAUACAGUACUCAAAGGAUUUAAAAGUGUAUAAUGUAAACAGCAGUGCUUCUGCAGUAUUCCUCAUCUUUGUUAUGAAGACCCCGUGUCUGUCUAAAAUAAGAAUGAGUACCUAAAGUAAAGGAAAGGCAACUACUCACCUGUAGCAAACUGAUGUGUGGUACAUAGACACACGUGAAAGAACACAGUAUUAACUAGAUUUCACACCCUGACUCUUCUUUUAGCAGAAAAUACACACACUACCAUGCAGGCACCCAUAUGCACACUGAAAAUACUUCCCUAAUCUAAGUUUUGUUUGGUUUCAGUUUCAUGGCUGUAGACUUGUUUGUGCUGAGCAAUUGGUAUGUCACACUGAAGUGUCCAGCAAUAGUCAGCCGCAACAACACACAUUUUAAAGAGCAAAGAUGCCGCAGUAGUGUGCGAUGCUGCUCUCUGAUAACACUGAAAAACAGAGUUUAAAAAUUGGCAAAUAUCGUGGUAUCCAACACUUAUUCCGAGACAAGUGAAACAUGCUGAUUCGAAAUACACAAACCAUUUGUCUCUACCAUGCACCAUUUUUUAGUACUACGUGAUGCACAUGCUAAAUAGUAAUAUCUAGUUCAAGAUAUAAUACACACAAAAUCCAUACACAUUGACAAUACUUCUUUAAUUUAAAGUGUGUUUGGUUUGAAUUUCUUGGCAGUAAACUUGUGUUCAUGCUGAGCAUUUGGUAUGUCACGCUGAAGUGUCCAGCACUAGUUAGCUAACAUUGCUGUAGUCCAUCAGCGCUGAUACUGCGACUCUGUUACUGAGUUAUCCUGUUGAAAAUGUUCACAUGUUUUUCACUCACUGAACCUAGGUUUUUGGGGAAGAAGUCAAGAUGUGAGUUGAGGAGAUGAUUUUUGAGGGACAUGUUGACACCCAGCUGUUUGUGUGCACUGAUGCACUUCUUCACAACAUUGACAUAGUCAGCAGAUUUAUAAUUUACAGCUGAUUUGUAUACCACCCAUGCAUUUCUUUCUGAAUCAUUCAGUAAGUCUUGGAAAUGACUGUUAACAAUUACCUUCCUUAUUUGUGGACCUAUGGACUCACCUUCUUUCACUUUCAUAUAACUCAACUCUGGAAACUUGUUGCACAAAUAUCAAAAAGCAUCUGAAUCAUUGUCUAGUGCCUUCACAAAAUUGUUCACGAGCCCCAGCUUGUUAUAAAGUGGUGGUGUGCUAACUUUAUCACAGUCAGUCAGUGGCACAUGAAGAACAUUUUUAUUUCCUGGCUAGAUUCGUUUCUGAUUGGCCAAUUUUUCUUUAUGUAGUGGUGCUUACUACUCUACUGUCCCACUUGCAGAUAAAACAGCAGUACUUUGUGUACCUUUUCUCUAUUCCCAUGAAAAUGGUGAUAACUUUUAAGUGGACACAGUACACCAUUUAUACUCAUGAUACCACACUUUACUUUUUUUUCAAAAAGUAACAACAUAUUUUAAUAUGUCUCUUUCAGGAGGGUGGAAUAUCCAGCUGGUACUGCUGCAUACUUGUUUCCUUGUAAAAUAACAUUGCUUUCAAACUCUCUUUUAGAUGAGUUAAUGAAGAACCACCAUGCUUUAAUGUUGUGAUCUACCCCGAGGAUUGACAUGAGGCAACAAAUGCCUGUACAGUAGCAAAUAGUGUCACUCAUUGCAAAGAAUUUCACAAAUUCUUCAUGUCUGUGGCAAAAAUAUGAAGUCAUUGUAUCCAGUGCAAGCAAAUUAAAUUCUUUAAUGCACAAAGUGAGCAUUUCAGCUUGUUAGUGCCAGUCCAGUACAAAAUCACAAAGAUCAGCAUUGCUCAUUAAAUGAAUACCUUCUCCAGAUUGGUAAUCAAAGUCUGAUACAUUGCUGAAAGAUGAAAGAGAACUUUCUUGCAUUUCUUCAUCAACUGUAUUUUCUGGAGGUGCUAUUUAUUGGCAUUAAACAAGUGGUGGGAUCAUGUGGAACUGGUUUAGAAACCAAGAGAACAUUGGGCUACAUUACAGGUGCACAAGUAUUGUAAGAAAAAUCUAGUGACAUUUGCCGAACAAGUAACAGUCUGUGGCGUUAUACAACCUCUGUGCCUUAAUACUGUUCUAAACUGAAAAUAAAAAAGAAAUGAAUGAAAUAUUAGUAGUGCAAUAUUGAAAAUGUUUUGACAUAUUACUUUAAAUAUAAUUAUUUUUACAGUCAACAAAAAUAUUGUAUGGUGUUGCACAAAAAAUUACUGACAAUAUGGGGGUAAAAGAAAUUAAUGGUGGUCCAUGAAAAUUAACUUUUGUCAAUAUCUUCAAAACAUGACAUGGUAGAGAAAAAUGAUUUUCGGACUUGAAAUUCGAAUACCAAACUACAGUACAAAAACAAAAUACCACAUUAGAUAUCUAGAGCUAGUUUAUCAGUGUUGCCACAGCCACGGUUAUGUGCGCUUGAGUGUCUUUGUGAUUUUGCAUGUGGAUGUGUGUAAUUUCUACCAGAAGGAAAGCAGGGCUCAGAGGUUGCCUUUCCUUUAUUUUAUGUAUUUUUCAUCCAGGAAUUUUCAUUAUUGUUAUCCAGUAAUAAUGAAGUACUAAUGAGUGCCCUAGCUGUCUUUCAUCUUUUUUUUUUGUCAGGUUGCAAAUCCAAGGUUUGAAAUUCAAUCCCGGAUUUAUCCUUGGAUAUUGUUUCUAGGACCUAAUGUGACUAAACACUAACAAUUCUUAGUGUGUGGGAAAAAUGCCUAAUUAGUGUAUGGUUCACUAUAGAAAACAGUACAAGCCACCCUCUAACUGAGUGGGUAAGCUAGGUUGGAUGAUGGUGGAAGAGGAAAGUGCACCAUGUCUAAUAUGUCCAUGUGUGGUAAAGUCCUGUAAUCAUAGUAGUGUGCAAACAAAUCUAUAACUUUAAUAGCACUUUAUGUUUUUGUGGUGUGUGAAGUAUUUAGGUGGACAUGUGAUAAUAUACAGUAUUCUAGCUUAGAUAACAAUUUAUUCUAAGGUUUCUCUGGCAAAGAUCAGGCUUCUUCAGUUAAUUCUGUAAUGAUUUUCCCCAUUGAUGAUGUAAUUUAUAUGUUGGAACCAUAGUGACUACUGGUGUAACAUCAUUAAUUAAUCAGACUGUGUAGAUAUUUGCUCUACUGUCUUGUAAGCAUUAAGUAAAAUAUGGUGAUGUACCUUAAUAAAAUGAAUGAAGUAUCUUUACUUUUACACUUGAAUUGUUCCUAUAAAUUUGAUAUGAAAUUCUUUUGAAGCUGCAUGUUGUUUAGCCAAUUAGUGCUUGAAAAUUUUACAUUUGUUACCUUUACCUUGUGUGUUAGAUUGAGAAGAAGCAUUUAAAGUGAAAAAGCAGUUUUUGUCUUUCUAGUUAUAAUACACUACACCACAAUGCUAAGUACUAUUGAGAGCAAGAUAUACAUCUGUAUGAAAAGGUUACACAUUUUUGUAUUAACAGAAACAAAUUAAAGAUGAGUACAAAUUACCAAUAAAAAAAGUUAACUUAUUUGGUAUGAUAAAGAGCAAAACACUCAACAAACAAUCCCAUAUUACAGUUCUUGCACUGGUAGCAUGCUGCUGUCCUGCUGUUUAUUUCAACAUAUUUCCUUUGAUUUCCUGUAUUUUAACCAUCAGGUGGUUCAUUCCAUUAUAUUCAAGUUCAUUUGCUACAGUAAUGGAGUGCGAGGUUCAUCCAAAGUGCUUUUGGUGGUGUCAUGUACUGUCUCAAGUACACCUGCACAAAUUCUCAUUGAAAGUUUACAUGGUCAGUUGAAUUUCCAUUUUUGCAGUAAGCCAUCAAGACAUUGUGUACAGUGACAUCCAAUAACAAACUGAAAAGAGCCGAGUCCAUUUCCUAUUAAAGAUUUUUAUCCUGUACUGAUUCACAUGUUGAUCCAUUUGAUCAGGUCCUCACAUGUGCCUGAUGUAUUCUGUAAGUAUAGAUAGAUGGCUGAGGAACUUCAAGGAGUAUCAUUGACUGUUGAGGGUAUUGUAAUUACAUUAGUUACUGUGUUCACCUCACUUGUACUUGAUGCUGCAGAAACAAUGGAAUCAAACAGAAACAGAUCUUUUCUUUUAUAUGGCAGAAUGAGUAGUAACUCUUUCAUAUUUCUCUAUUUUCUUCUUCUGUGGAAGAUAAAAUUUUCUCUCAUUGACUUGGUGCCUCCAAAGCCUUGUUCUCUAAGAAAAAUUACAAAAGCAAUAGACUUACUAGAAUAAUGUAUAAAAUUAUUUAAAUGCUCCCAUUAGUGCUUAGUACUACUUUUGUGUAAAAUUAAAUAAUUAGCAUGUGUCCCUGUGAUGCAAAUAAUGUUGCAUAAAUUUAAAUAAAUGACACACGAUUGUUGGCUUAUUGAGGAACUACUUACAGUUUCUGAACCUGAACAAAACUUAUUUUACUAGUUAUAUGUACUCUUUUAACUCCACGAUUUGAUGAGAUUCAAGCUGUAGAAAUAAUGUUUAAAUUCAAUUGCCAGUUGUUCCCAAUUACGUACUGCUUCUCACAACUACUGACAGGUAUGAAAGAACAGAUGUUCAGCAAUCCUUAAACAAACCUAAUAAGAUUAUAGAUUGUCUAAGGGCAAUAAUGGGUUAAUUUGUAGAAGAGAACCAAAGAAUUUGUGUAGUUAAUGUGCUUACAACUUAAGCAUGAGGAAAUAAAUAUUCAUCCCAUAGUGUAAGACACCAGAUACGUUUGAAUGUACAGUGUAAAUUGUUAGUGUGUGUAAGGUUGGAAAACGUAAAGACUUUCCUUUGUAUAAGGUGAAGACCUUUUCCUCGUAAAUAACACAACCUUUUCUUCCAUUUUUCUUAUUUUGUGUGAUAUAUCUACGUACCCCAGCCUCCCUCCUCAUAACCCACAAAAAUUUAUCAUUGUGCAUUCUAUCAAAAAUUUAAAAAAAUACAGUAAUUACACAAGCUUGUAAAUUAUGAGAGAAGAUUCACUGUAUAGAGUAAUUUUGUUAGUUCUGUUUUAUUUGUGUCGUUAAGAAAGAAAUCACAGUACAGUAAUGGUGACCCUGUAGUUUUUAGGUAAUAUUGUUGUAUGUUGAGGUGCAGUCCUCUCAGAAUAAUUUUGAAGUGGGAGCAACAGAUGUAUAGGAAUUCCCAGACCCUCAAUCCUAGACUGCCAGACAUAAGAAACAUUAUGAGAUAGUCAGUAAUAAAUUUUGAUAAAGUGUUUACUUUGGAAGAUUGUUCGGUUGUGCAUACUCUGUGUGACAGCAGCAUCUUCUAUUUGUAUAUAUCCCAGAGGCAGUAUAAGUUUGUGUUUUCAGUUCUCCAUAUCUUUCCUUGAACUCUGUUCUAUUGAAAUAAAAGAUUUCAGCUCCAUUCUUUUCAGUUAAAUCAAUUUGACUCUGGUCACUCUUUUUAUUGCGGUCUCAAUUUCUUCUUUGAUUAGAAAAUAAACAAUCUACAUCUACCAAAACAAUUUCAUCUAUUACUUUUUUUAAAACAUUCUUGUUAUCAGUCAAGUUCCUUUUAUAAAAUAUCACAUCAGAAUAAGUGAAAGAGGAGACUAAACAGAAAAUGAUUAAGAUGAACAAAGAACAACUAUAAAUACAUUACUUACAUUUCUGAGCUGUAAUUCUCAAGUAUCACCACUCUUUCCACCAUAGUGGGUAAACUACAGCAGAUCUCUUCCAUUACAACAGUUCAUACAUCACUCUAUGAAAUAGUCAGAUGUCAUCUUGUUAGAAUAACGCUUCACUCAUCACUAGGAGGAUAUUUACAUGCAAACAGAAGUAUUUCCUGCUGUAGCCUUUCAUCUCUUUCUAUACCUUUUUCCUCCCAUUACAUUUUCUCUUCCUCAAAACAAGACUUACUGUAGUCUGUGCAAUAAGUAAUUUUAUGCACAGAUUUUCCUCACUAUCUCAAAAUGAACCCAUCACAGUGUAAACCCUACGGUGUGACCACAGUUUGCCUUUUUAUGACUGAAUGACCAUCCUCAGAUGUGCUAAUUUUAUAGUAAUUGAUGAUUGUUCACCCUCCAUUUUAAUCUUUUUUUUUUUUUUCGUCAUGCAUUGCUUUCCGAACUCUGUUGCUUUUUUAUAGCAUGACCACACAAUAUGACUGACUUUGACAAUUUGUCUGUUGUAGUAAGCCACUCAUAUACAUUUACGCAGAUAUACAAUCUUAUUAUUGUCUCAGUGCAAGUGGAAUUAACCAGUGGCAUAUGUACAUUUAUAAGAAGCAACAAGUGGUUGAAUCUGAACAUGAAACUGAAUGUUGUGUCAACCCUGACAGAUAUAGAGAAGUAGUUUCUCUUUGUUCUCAGCCCCCAUUCCCUCCUGUCAUCACCACAGAUAUUACUGCAGACUGAGCUGAUUUGCACAAUAAAAGGAGAUGAAAAAUAACAAGAAGGAAAGAAUAAAUUAUGGGUACGAUAGUGAUGAAAAAUGUAGUCAUGAAGCAAGUAUGAAACUAAAUUUCUUUGAACAGCUCCAUAAAAAUUAUCAUCAUUCUUAGUAACAGAUUGCACAUCUUCUGAGAAUUUUGCAGUGGUAGUGCUGGUGGUGGUGGUGGUGGUGGUGGUAUAGGAGCAAUAAGUGCACCAAUUUAUUUCAUUUCAUUAUAGUCUUUAAUUAGGCCUUAACCAGUAUUACAUGUAUUCCUAAAUGUGUAUGUUAGUGCAGAGUUGUACCCAGUUUUGUAUGUUGACCAAUAAAUACCACUCAUAACAUAUUCAUUGUACUUAUUGUCAUAAUAAAUUUCCAUUGUAUGUUUAAAUUUA